AUGGCUUCCGAGCAAGCUUCGCGGUCCCGUCGUGGCAAAGGCGAACAUAAGAGUAUGCGCCAUAAAAUCAAAGGUUUCUUCAAAGGUUUCUUUUGGCACAAGAAGAACGCGACGAUUCCACAAGCAGGGUCCCAAGUGGCACAACCUAAAGAAGACUCUAAGACCACGAAUGACUCGGAAUUAUUGCAACCCUCAAAGCACGAAAUGUCGCUAGAGAACUCGCUUAAGCGCCAGAAGUCACCACUCGCCACAGGCCAAGAACCACAUCCACCGCUGACCCAGCACGGUCAUGAUAAGGAAUUUGGUUGCUAUUGA